AUGAAGGGCAAGAGAGCGGCGCCUUCUACAAAGACGCCCGACGCCAAAGCUACUCCGGCAUUAGUCCGUGAGUACGAUGACGAUUUCAUCGUGAACGCAGUGCCUAUCGAGAAGAAGAACAAGAUGGAUGUCAAGUUCAAUGACAAGGUGGAAACCAUCGUGUAUGUGAAGCCUGAUUUUGUGGAGUGUCCCAACAGGAAACCGAAGAGAAACAUGUCCAGAGCUCAGAAGAAGUCAUUGACGUGCAGAACAACCAAAGAGAUCAUAGAUGACCAACAAUGGGUAUUACAAUCCAAGUUGGGAAUGACAAGAGCACGUGCAAUUGGCAUAUUGAUGGACGACUAUAGUGAGUUUUCCGAUGUUGAUGAAGUACACAUCAUCCUGGGACCCAAGAAUGAUAUCAAGCUCAAGAUCAACAAUAUUGAUUUCUUGGAGAACAACUCACGAGCAGAGAUAUGCUAUGAGGAAGACUACAGGCCAUCGUCAGACUACGAGGCCGAGUUAGUGAUGAAAGUGUUGGGUCUCAACGGCAACAACCAUGCAUCAAGGACGAUCUAUCUUGAUGGUGAAAGCGGUGAUGAAAUGUCCGAAUCAGAUGAUGGAGUUGGUACGUACGUCGACGGUCCAACGAAGUCUCUGAAGAAGACGAAAAAGAAGAAGCGUUCCAAACGAAAGACGACUCCGGUAGAAAUGGACAUCAAACUCGACAAAGAGAAAGCUGAUGAUGUAGAAGUUGUUGAUGGUCCUCCUCUACCUCCUCCUGAUGGUGAACCUCCGCAUGAUGGGCCUGAACAUCACUCUAUGGGCAAACCUGGUGACGGCAUCAUCUACCUCAGCGACAUUGGCGAGCACGUCAAGCUCGACAAGCGUGGGCGACCUUACCGUGUUGGUCCAGAUGGUCGCAAAGAAGUACGAGGGUCACCAAGGCCAAAGAGCAGUUACAGUCCUGAAGAAUGGAGAGCACUAUCUGCUAAGGAGAGAGACGUCAUCAUUCGUCGUGGAAAACUUGAAGAAGAAGCUGAGAAGCUCAAGGAGAUCAAGUUGAAGAAGGAGAAAGAAAAGAAGGCCAAGGCCGAAAUCUCCGAGAAGAAGAAACAUGAUUCAAGUUCCUCCAAAGAUCCAGCCAAAGAUGAAAGUCGGAAGAAGAAGAAAAAGGAUAAUAAGAAGUCAAAGGAGAGCUCAGGCAAAGAUGGUGGCAAGGACACCAUUUUGAUCACGGAUCUCAACUACAAGUGCCAAGCGAACUCAGGGGGGACAACGAACAUCCAGUAUGGGCUCGAUGAGAUGGGAUAUGUCGUCACGGUCAUUGACAUCAACAGCUUCAAGAGCGUGACCAGAGCCCAGAAGUUCCUCGAUGCAGUCGAGCACUUGAUCAAGAGCGUGAUGCCAAACAUUACAGCCGAGGAGAAUGUGACCAUCCAUUUCUGGAUAUCUUUUGCAUUCCUCAUCACGGACACUCAUCCAUACCACGUUUGGGUUGAGAGGAACUAUGCAGAGAGGCUCGCCGAAGCGAUCCGAAGGGUCGACAAGCUGGCGACGAGGCCAAUCGUGUCACUCUGCAAAGAUCCAAGAUUUCAUGGUAUCCGAACGGGCAUUCAAUAA